GGAUGAAUGCCUCAAGCAGCUCACACAACCUGUUCCAGGACUUGGUGACCAUUGUUUGUGUCCACGUUAAAUUGAGUUCAAAUUUAAUAUUUAACUUUUCCUCCACACCAGACUAUGGAGGAUUCACCACCAGACCAGGAAGCAACAGGCUGGGCUCCAGAAUUGGAUACCGCACUCAUCAGACUACGGAGGAUUCACCACCAGACUGGGAAGCAACAGCCUGGGCUCCAGAGUCAGCCACCCGUCUGUGCGCAGUCCAGCAUCGGAUCACGUCUUCUGUCACUCAGGACCUGAGGGGGCGGGGCCUCAAGCAUUAUCCAAUCGGGGACGCUGGGCUGGAAACCUUCCAAUCAGCCACGCAGCUGGAGCGAACAAAACGGCUUCCGGCUUCCCGCUUUGGCGGGCCCAUUGUUUCUGGCUGACGCCAGAGAUCCAGCUCUUGUCUUCACUGUGCCGUCAGCUCCUAGAGGCCCAUCCUCUGUGGCCCUGUGACCUGCAGGUAUUGGGAGGGCCACAGCUAAGACGCCGGGACCCCCUGGAAGCCUAGAAAUGAUCCAGUAGUUGCUCCACAAGUCACAAAAAAACAGGUAAACAUGUAAUACUGACACCUUUAAAGACACAUUCGCAAGAUGCAGGUGUAAUUUAUCCAGAGAGUCUCAUCUGAGAAUGAAUUCCAGAGAAGGAGGAGGAAGAAAAAAAAUUACUUUCCUUCAGGGACCAUUGCAAUUUAGAGAUGUGGCCAUAGAAUUCUCCCUGGAGGAGUGGCAUUGCCUGGACACUACACAGCGGAAUUUAUAUAGGGAUGUGAUGUUAGAGAACUACAGAAACCUGGUCUUCCUUGGUAUUGUUGUCUCUAAACCAGACCUGAUCACCUGUCUGGAGCAAGGAAAAAAACCUUUAACUAUGAAGAGGCAUGAGAUGAUUGCCAAACCCCCAGUUAUGUGUUCUCAUUUUGCCCUAGACCUUUGGUCAGAGCAGAGCAUAAAAGAUUCUUUCCAAAAAGUGAUACAAAGAAGAUAUGAAAAAUGUAGACAUGACAAUUUACAGUUAAAAAAAGGCUGUGAAAGUGUAGAUGAGUGUCCAGUGCACAAAAGAGGUUAUAAUGGACUUAAACAAUGUUUGACAAGUACCCAGAGAAAAAUAUUUCAAUGUGAUGAAUAUGUGAAAUUCUUGCAUAAAUUUUCAAAUUCAAACAAACAUAAGAGAAGAGAUACUGGAAAAAAACCUUUUAAAUGUAUAGAAUAUGGGAAAACUUUUAACCAGUCUUCAACCCGUACUACAUAUAAGAAAAUUGAUGCUGGAGAGAAACGCUACAAAUGUGAAGAAUGUGGUAAAGCCUAUAAGCAGUCCUCACACCUUACUACACAUAAGAAAAUUCAUACUGGAGAGAAACCCUACAAAUGUGAAGAAUGUGGCAAAGCCUAUAAGCAGUCCUGUAACCUUACUACACAUAAGAUAAUUCAUACUGGAGAGAAACCCUACAGAUGUAGAGAAUGUGGCAAAGCUUUUAACCACCCCGCAACCCUUUUUUCACACAAGAAAAUUCAUACUGGAGAGAAACCAUACAAGUGUGAUAAAUGUGGCAAAGCCUUUAUUUCAUCCUCAACCCUUACUAAACAUGAGAUAAUUCAUACUGGAGAGAAACCCUACAAAUGUGAGGAAUGUGGCAAAGCUUUUAACCGUUCCUCAAACCUUACUAAACAUAAGAGAAUUCAUACUGGAGAUGUACCCUACAAAUGUGAUGAAUGUGGCAAAACCUUUACCUGGUACUCAAGCCUCUCUAAACAUAAGAGAGCUCAUACUGGAGAGAAACCCUACAAGUGUGAAGAAUGUGGCAAAGCCUUUACUGCAUUCUCAACUCUAACUGAACAUAAGAUAAUUCAUACUGGAGAGAAACCAUACAAAUGUGAAGAAUGUGGCAAAGCUUUUAACUGGUCCUCAGCCCUUAAUAAACAUAAGAAAAUUCAUAUUAGACAGAAACCCUACAUAGUGAAGAAUGUGGAAAAUCUUUUAAAUGUUCCUCAACCCUUAAUAAGCAUAAGAUAAUUCAUACUGGAGAGAAACCGUAUGAAUGUGAUGAAUGUGGGAAAGCCUUUAAUCAGCCCUAGACUCUGACUAAAUAUGAGAAUUUAUAUGGAACAUAAACCCUACAAAUAUAAAGAAUGUGACAAAGCUUUUUAAGGAAGUUCUCAACUCUUAUUACACAUAAUUUAUACUGGACAGAAACCCUACAAGUGUGAAGAAUGUGCCAAAGCCUAUAACAGCUUGUCAAUUCUUUUUGUUUUUUGAGAUGGAGUUUCACUCUUGUCACCCAGGCUGGAGUGCAAUGGCACAAUCUCGGCUCACUGCAACUUCUGCCUCCUGGUAUCAAGCCAUUCUCCUGCCUCAGCCUCCUGAGUAGCUGGGAUUACUGGUGCCCACUACCAUGCCCAGCUAAUUUUUGUAUUUUUAGUAGAGAUGGGGUUUCAUCACGUUUGCCAGACUGGUCUCAAAUUUAUGACCUGAAGUGAUCCAUCCGCCUCGGCCUCCCAGAAUUCUGGAUUAACUCCUGACCUCAGAUGGUCCACCCACCUCGGCCUCCUAAAGUGCUGGGAUGACAGGCAUGAGCCACCAUGCCCAGCCACAAGUUCUCAAUUCUUAAGAGACAUGGCGAUAAUUCAUGCUGAAGAGGAACUCUACAAACCUGAAAGAUGCAACAGUGCUUUUACUACCACCUCCAACUUUUGUAUACAUAAAAGUAAAUCAUACUAAUGUGAAACCCUAGAAAUGUAUGAAAUGAGACAAAGCGUUUAUAUGGUUGCCACACUUGAUUGUAGAUAAGAGAAUUAAUGCUGCCAAAACUCCUAGAAGUGUGAAGAAUGUGGCAAAACUUUUGAGUGCUUACACCUUAUUUCACAGGAAAGCUUUUAUCCUUGAGAAAAAUUGUACAGAUAUAAAGAAUAUGGAAAAGCCAUUAAUGCCCACUCACAUCUCAACAGAAGAAGGUUCAUAGUUAAUAAAAGCAUUAAAGGUGCAAUUACUGUCAAAAAAUCUUUCAGAAAAUAUAAGCCUUUAAAGAAGGAUAUUUAUUCUGAAAUCAGCUAUUCCAAAUAUAAGGGGGAGUUGUAGUACCUUUACUUGUAUCACAGAUCUUGUUGCACACAUUGUGUACUAGAGGAAAACCCUGAAGCAGUUGCUCCAGCUUUGUUCAACAUCAUGGAAUUUAUAUUGGAGAAGAGUCCUGCAAAUAUAAUGAAUUUGGAAAGACUUUUUUUUCAAAAUCUAUAGCUUAGAAAACACCAGCGAGUUUAUACUAAAAUAUAUUUUUGCAGAUGUAGUAAAUAUGAAAAAAUAUUUAAUUCAAAAUUGAUUUUAUGUAAAUAUGAGAAUUUACACUAGAAUAAGGCACUGACCCUUCAGACAUUACACUAAAUCAGAGUAUUGAGUAUAAAAACGAAUCCACAACUAAAGUUGUUUUUGUAUAUAACUUUAAAAGGGAGAUUUUCUGAAGCAUUGUAAUUUCAUUGAAAGUGUACUUUUUUCUUGAAAAAAAUUUUUGAACAGUGAAUAAUGAUGUAAUACAACUUUCAGAUUUCUUUAUGCUGUUAUUCCUAUUGUGGUCACAUGUGAAAGCAUGUGAUCAAUUGUUGCUGCAUCAGGGAUAUUACAGGUUCUUUUUUAUUGGGUAUUAUGACCUUUUCUAUAAAAGAGUAAGGACAUUAAAAUGUAAGAUGCAUGAUAAAAAUGUAAGUGGAGAGGCUCUUUGUAGUUAACUUAUAUUAAGUAAUGUAUAAGGUGGGGGUUCCCAUUUGUAUAAUCCUAGCCUAUGACUUAAUGUUGAUGUUUUGCUUUGUCUUUUGGAUGGCCUAACCUACAUUAACACGUUGGCAGACCACUUUAAAACUUUUUCUCAAAAAUUAUAAUGAAUUACUUUAUUAAUAAAGAUUUUUAAAAAGUG